UGCCGAUGAUUUCACGGCAACAGCAGUGAAACACAGAGCGCGCUCUGGUAGCUAGUUACUGAAUGAGACACUGCAAAUGGGUGGAAAGAAAAAAGACAGCGUGUGAGAGGGAGUCAGAGAGACACAGAGAGGGAAGCUGAGAGCAAGGAAAGUGCUCCGGCUCGAGGAGAGUCUCCCAGGUGUACUGCAGAAGCUUUUUGGAAAUGGAUGCAAGGACCAUCUGCUGCCUAUAGAUUAGAGGGCUGUAGACUAGGAGUGCAGAGAAAGAGCUUAUGGCUCUUUUGAAUAAAAAUCAAAGUUCUGCAUAACUGAUUCAUCAAGAUAAAUCAUGAGCCUUCUCUUGCAUGGGAUAUUAACGUAUAAAUCCGUGCUUCAGAUAGACAGAGCACAACCUACAUUGCUAUAAAAAAUAAAACCAGCAAGAAUGCAGUGAAUAAAUUCUGCAGUGAUUAUCUGAUUUAUGUACGAAGAAAAAGAGAAGCAAAACACAGACAGCUCUUAUCGCACUGUGGCAUUUGCAAGGCACUGCAUUUAAUGCUGAGAGAUGCUAUACAUUAAAUCUGACAACUGUGAAAAGAGAGAUCAUGGAGAAGUCAAGUAGUGAGGAUUCUUCAAUUCACCGGAGUCCAUCUUUGGAUAGCAAAGACUCAGAUUUUGCUAAACCUUCUACCUCAGGGAGGCAAUUUGGUCGAGGUUUUACUGCAGGAGCUUUCUAUGGUACAACUGGAUCACGCACACAGAGCCACACUGGGGUCGGAACCGGGACCGGCGUUGGGACUGGAACUGGCGUAAAAAGUGACAAAUACAGUGCACCCAAAGGCAGCAAAUACGUGGUCUUUUACCUGGAUCUAUCCUUUGUUUUCCUUUUAGAAUUUAAGAAGUGCAACAUGGCAAGAGGCUGCCUGUGUUGUUUGAAAUACAUGAUGUUCCUUUUCAAUUUAAUAUUUUGGUUAUGUGGCUGUGGUCUGCUGGGUGUGGGCAUCUGGCUGUCGGUGUCGCAAGGAAACUUCGCCACAUUUUCUCCUAGCUUUCCAUCACUUUCAGCUGCCAACCUAGUCAUUGCCAUUGGCACAGUGAUCAUGGUGACCGGCUUUCUGGGCUGUCUAGGUGCUAUCAAGGAAAACAAGUGCCUCCUGUUGAGCUUUUUCAUCGUUUUGCUGAUAAUUCUUCUGGCAGAGCUGAUAUUACUCAUUUUGUUCUUUGUUUAUAUGGACAAGGUCAGUGAGAGUGCAAAGAAGGAUCUGAAGGAGGGUAUGAAGCUAUAUAAUUCAGAAAAUAAUGUUGGACUGAAAAAUGCCUGGAAUAUCAUUCAAGCAGAGAUGAAAUGCUGUGGUGUGAAUGACUUUACAGAUUGGUACCCAGUCCUGGGAGAAAAUGUUGUUCCAGACCGAUGUUGUACAGAAAACUCCCAAGACUGUGGAAGGAACUCUACUGAAUUAGUCUGGAAAACGGGAUGUUAUGAGAGAGUUAUGACCUGGUUUGAUGAGAAUAAACAUGUCCUUGGUUCAAUUGGGAUGUGCAUCCUCAUAAUGCAGAUUCUUGGCAUGGCCUUCUCCAUGACACUCUUCCAGCAGAUUCACAGGACUGGCAAAAAAUAUGAUGCCUAAAGCCUCUGAAACAUUAUCACAUCAACCCUUCUGUCUCAUCAUAAAAAUGAACACAAGGAAUGACCACAAGGAGCAUCACACUUAGCCCUGCUGAGGGAAUCCGUCCCAUUGACUGAUCCACUUUGUUGUUACUUGUCCAGUUAUUAUCACAACUUAUUUGACUCUUUUUUUUUUUCCUGUUUCACAUUUGCCAUUUAUUUGCCAAAGAGGGGGAAACCCCCCCAAACAAAUGGAUUUUCUACACGAAAUCAUAGAUCUGCUCUAAGAAUGUUUCUUAACUUAAGAAAAUGUUUUGCUCUACUAAUCCAUGCUAUAUGUGCAAAAAUUACAUGUGUUCAACUUCAAGUGAGAAUUCUUCAAAGUCUUCCAUUAAGUUUUCAACCCUUAUAUCCAAUUUACUGGAAGACUCGGAAAAGCCACUCUAACUGAGAGUCCUAGGAAUUGGAGCUGCUUUGCUUUGCAGCUUCUUGUACCUUAUGGUGUAUACUUUUUUAUUAUAAUAAUGAUGAUGAUGAUUAUUAUUAUGAUGGAUAUAGCUUAGAAUUUAGUUGCCUGACUUAUAACUUCUUACUGUUUUUGGUUUUACACAUUUAUUGUACAUUAAUUUCGGAACCACUGUGCGAUCUCCAGAGGACAUGUUUUUCAAAGUUGAUGGUGCGGGCAAAGACACAACUUUUCUCAAGUCCAUGGGGAGGCAUUGUCUACCUUUAUCGGGGCCUUGAUGCCCUUACUGUAACAAAGGUGUCCCUUUAAAAUCAGAGAUUCUUUCCUCAGAUGGAAUGCAAAGCCUUCCCACUGGACCAGAUGAUGAGCUUCCUACUUCUGUGAGGCAAAGUUUCAAUGCCUUUACUCACCCAAAGCAGUGCCUGGCUGCUUUGAUGUCAUGCUACUUUGAAAGCUUAAAGCACUGACUAAGCAAGUUACUGUUAGCGCAAAGGAGAGAGAUUGCAGUCUGACCUACUGGCAGCAGACUUCACAGAUUGUGUUGUCUGCUUCAAAAAAGUUUGCCCAAGGCAUGGCGUGCUGCUGGAUGUGAAGGAAGGGGAGGGCAAUUUGAUGGCAACAUUGUCAUGCCAUGCCCUUCACUGUAGGGGUUUCCUCAAGCUAAAGAGAGCUGUCUCCCUGAAGUAGAAAAGGUGGUUUGAUUAAAGGUGACCAGAUGAUGCAGGAAAGGGGUAAUUUCCAAAACAGCACUCAGAGAUGGAUUGUGUUGUCACACCUUCAGUACAGAUUGAUUCUUGCUGAUGGAUUGCCAAGUCAUCAUAGAAUCACAGAAUCAUAGAAUCAGCCGGGCUGGGAAGGACCUCUGAGAUCAUCAAGUCCAACCCUUGAUCCAACACUGCCAUGGUUACUAGACCAUGGCACUAAGUACCACAUCCAGCCUCAUCUUAAAAACCUCCAGGGAUGGAGAAUCCCCCACUUCCCUGGGCAGGCCAUUCCAAUGCCUGAUUACCCUCUCUGGAAAGAAUUUCUUCCUAAUAUCCAACCUAAACCUCCCCUGGCAGAGCUUAAGACCAUGUCCUCUUGUCUUACUGAUAGCUGCCUGUGAGAAGAGACCACCCCCCAUCUGGCUACAACCUCCUCUCAGGUAGUUGUAGAGAGUGAUGAGGUCUCCCCGAGCCUUCUCUUCUCCAGUGAAAACAGCCCCAGCUCCCUCAGCCUCUCCUCAUAGGCCUUGUGCUCAAGUCCCUUCACCAGCCUUGUGGUUCUUCUCUGGACCUGCUCCAGCACCUCAAUAUCCUUCCUGAACUGAGGGGCCCACAACUGGACAGAGCACUCCAGGUGUGGCUUCACCAGCUCUGAGUACAGGGGAAGGAUCACUUCCCUGCUCCUGCUGGCCACACUGUUCUUGAUGCAGGCCAGGAUGCCAUUGGCCUUCUUGGCCACCUGGGCACACUGCUGGCUCAUGUUCAGCUUAAUUUUUUUUUUUUUUUUAAAGAAAGCAUGCUUUUAUUCAGAAGGAUUUCAGAAGAAAGGAAAAAAUGCAUCAAGUGAAUGGCAUUGGUAAAAUAGAAGAAAAAAAUCUUACAAUGUCCAUCCCUUGGGUUAGUUUACUCAAUGUCUAUUUUUACCAACAUUCCCGAUUAGGAAACUUGAACGUGUAUUUCUCUACUUUAAAUGCUUCUUCAUUGCAAGGAACCCCCAUUUACCCUUUGUUCCAGGUUUUUGCUAAUUUGUGAAGGAAGAGGGAAAUGCUUAGACACUGGAAGAUGUUCUGACUAAAUUUCAGUCAGGGCUUGGCUCAGCUCUGAAAGAAAUACAGCUUUUUGUAUUAGCAACUGUCAGAGUCAACCUUCAGAGGUUACCUCAUCCAGUGUCACUCUCAAAGGGGUACUGACACGUCUGUGAGAUGGGGUUCACUAUGAUGGUAUUGGACUGAGUUUCAGAAUCUGCUGAGGAUGGAGAUAUUGUGCCUUUCAGAGCCAUGCCACUUCAACUACUCUGGUAAACAAAAUUCUCUUAAUGUCCAAGCUCUAAAAAGAUACAAUUUUCAUUGUAUCAUUCAGCGUAUCUUUUCCUUGUGGGCUGAAAUAGCUGUUGAGCCACUAUAUCUGGGAGGUUUUAGUCCCAUGUUUAUAUUCCUAGUAAGUCCUGCAUGCAUCUAUACAUCUGGCAGCAAUAGUGUUUUGUCUGACCUAUGUGUCACUUUCUUGAGUUCCUAUGAAAUCAGUGUGACAGGAAGGAGUGUGAAUGUGUGGGUGAUAGAGAUGAAUUUGAGUGUUACAGUGAAGAAGGUUACUAUUUUUAGAGCACAGCCUUUGCCCAUAUGAGCACAAUGCCCAAAGUUUCACAGGGCUCUUGUUUCCCACUGAAGCAGACAAGGCCAUAUGGGUUCAGCUGUUUCACUUGGAUAGCCUUUGAAGGAGUUGGGGAAGAAGUAGAGGGAAAGCACAGAAACUGAAUCCAGUUUUACUUCCAUUUCUAACAAAAAUUGGGACCAGGAGCAUCUGAGCCUCACUGGAGAUGGCUGUUCCAUGUUGAAGAAGGGGCUCUGAUGCCCAGUGUACUUGCUGCUACAUGUAAGACUGUAUCCAAAGUUGCUAAGAUGCGUUCCCAUUUUUGCAAGAAAAGAUAGGAUGAUUUUCAUUUGAUGGCUCCACUGCAUUCUCCCUUUGGGCAGAAGUGCUUAGCUUUCUCUAGCUUUCUCUGGUGCUUAAAAAGAGCAGGGUGCAGGGCUGAGCAGGAGCAUCAUCUCUGUCCUUUGGGGUCGCACAGUGGUACUUACCGCAUCUUAAAUUUUAAUCUGCAGUCAGUUUUUGUACAAAAAUGGUAAAAUAUAUUAAUGAAAGUAAUAAGGAAAUAAAAACUGUUUAUGAGUAACUCAGAGAUGAAAUGUGUAGUUGCAAACUCAGCUACUUUGCCUUCCAUCCAAACUUAUUUUUCUAGAAUGCUUCAUUCCAUUUCACGAUCUAGCAGCAUAGAUCCUGAAAUCUUUUUUUAAUGACUACUUUUGGCAUUUUAAGCACAGUAUUAAGUGAGAUAGUUACAUGAGCUUCAUGUAUUCAUCUCUAUGAAGCCACCUACAGGAGAGGAGUCAAAAGCAGGACUGAUUUGUGUCUCUAGCUGACUCUCUGAUGUGGGAGGUGAUGACAGACAUCCUCAAAGGUGCAGAAAAGUAAUACCAUUUUCCAGGCAGCAGAAAACAGCUCUGGAAAGUGUGAGGCUGCAUCAGUCAGUUUGUCAGAGAAGGCACAAAUUAUCCUGUAAACUGGUCGAAGGGAGCUUUGGCUCAUGUAUGUAUGCACUUUUUUUGCUUAUGCUGGUAGGUGGCUAUCUGUGUGUUUUCCCCCAGUGUCACUCUGAUUAUUUAACUAUAAGUUUUUAGCAUGUUUUUAAAUAAAACUGAUACUGAGUAAAAAGUAUCUUUAAUAUACACAAAUAUUGAUUUGUAUAAAUGCAUACCUCUCUGUAUCUCUAAUUCAUGAAAGCACAGUUCAAGUCUGUGAAAGUGCUGUUUCUCUGAGUGUUCCUUCAGACUGUAGCAUACCUGCUGUCUUACUGUCCUUCAUGCUUGGAAGCUGCAAUAGAACUUAAGCAGAGACAAAACAGGAGAACUGCCUGAAGAACCUCUACUUGAAAGCUGAUGAAGUGUUAGCAGUGAAUUCUGUUUCCUUCUGGACUUACCAAGGCUGUUAGCUACAGGAAGCCCAGGUGAAAGGUGCUCAAAAAAAGUGCCCAUAGCAUGUAAGACGUUAAAAACAAUGACGCAAAUGUCUCCAAGAUGACAGAAGAUGCCUUGGGUAUGUCAUGCAUUGAGUUCCUGGACUAUGGUCGCUUUAGGCCAACUCUCCUAUCCUGUGUCCAUCCCCCCCCAUUUGUAUGCAUGUAAUACAAACUCACACACAGGAGGGGUGCAAGCAGGGGGCAGCCAAACUGAUCCUCAUGGUCUUUCUUGGGCAACUAGUGGUCAGGCAUAGAAAGGACCAAGGGGAAAAGAGUGUUUUCGCAGCAGAUGGUUCUUAGAAGCAGCAUGGAAUAGGCCACACGUAAUUCUGAUGUAACUUCUUUCCACAGAGUUGAGCAGCUUCAUCCUGUAGCUGGCAUGGGGAAACCUGGAGAUGUCUGGCUGUGGGCUAGCCAUCUGUUGUGCAGUAGAUAGCAGACACUAAGAAACAACAUGCCAUUCCCACCAGGUGAUGUUUGCACCAGUGUUUCUUCUAUGCAAUACCUACUUUCGCCUUUAUAUAAAAGAUUUUUACUAGGAUGAUAUAAAAAUAAAGCAUUUUUUCAAAGGUG